AUGGGGUCGGCAUCGUCCACCCAGUCCUCAAUGAACAAUUUUGUGGGGAUGGGAAGAUUGAGAGAAGACAUGAAAAUCUAUCAGUUGGUCGAUAUGCACGGAGGUGGAGAACUCUUGCCAUGGCUCAGAUACGCGAUCACAAGCAGCGAUACUUCGUUCAUUGAUGCUUAUCUCGAAACAAAAGUUAAAGAGUUUUUAUACAAUCAAGGGAAAGGCAAACUUGUAACUGUAACCGAACUGGUAAAACUGAGAAAUAAGGAAAGAAACGAGAGACUCGGAGCUUUCUCACGAAAAAAGGGAAAAGGAAAAAGUGGACCGAAUGUACUUGAUGACUUUAAUCAAGAGGGAGAAAAUGUUGGAGACUUGAAAAAAGCUCUGAAACUUUUGGAUGGUGGAGGAAAAGGAGGACGAAAUGAGAGUAAAUACAGAGAGAUUUCAUGGAAAUUGGAAGAGAGAGGAUCCAUGGGAGAGACGAUCAUCGGAUGUUGUCUUCUACACGCUUCCGAUAUUCAUAAUGCUCUUGUAUACAAAAUUCUGGAGUACUAUCCAAAACUUUUGAAUGACAUCCAUAUUUCCGAGGAUUUCUAUGGGUUGUCUCCUCUACAUCAGGCAAUUAUUAACACAGAUUGCAAGCUGGUUUUCAAGUUUUUGAAAUUGGGAGCUGAUGUUAAUUCAAGAUGCUAUGGUGCAUUCUUCUGUGCUGAUGAUCAGAAAGCAUCGAGAACCGAUUCACUGGAACAUGAAUACGUAGAGCUCUCAUUGAAGACAAACUACACUGGAAACAUGUAUCUUGGAGAGUAUCCCCUCUCAUUUGCUGCUUGCCUGAAUCAACCAGAAAUGUUCCGACUUCUUCUUGCGUUCAAAGCAAAUCCAAACGCACAGGAUACAAAUGGAAAUACAGUACUUCAUAUGUGUGUGAUCCAUGAAAACAUGGCAAUGUUCAAACUUGCUCUGGAAUGUGGUGCCAGUCUUCGGACAGUUAACAAACAGAGUUUGUCUCCAUUGACAUUGGCUGCAAAGUUGGCAAAAAAAGAAAUGUUUACGGAGAUUCUGGAGUUGGAAGGAGAUAGUAUUUGGGCAUAUGGAGAUGCAUCUUCUACUGCCUAUCCGUUGGCAAAAAUUGAUACGAUUAAUGAGACGAGCGGAGAGUUGAAUGAGGCAUCUGCUCUUUCUCUUGUUGUUUAUGGGCAAACCGUUGAGCAUCUGGAGCUUCUCGAUGGUCUCCUCGACACUCUUCUAGAAGCGAAAUGGGAGGCGUUUGCCAAGAGAAAUAUGAUUGUCUCAUUCACUGCAUUCACAUUGUAUUAUGUUUGCUUUGUGACUGCAUUCACUCUUCGCCCAAUUGGAUUUUCAACUGAAAUGAUCACAGAAGGAUGGAUCAAUAGAUAUUCCGAGCCAUUUCCCGGACGACAUGGGGCAGAAGGGCAGACGAUUGUGAAGCCAAUCAUUAAUACUACGACUGGAUUGGUUGAAUGGAACGAGGCAAUGACUCAAUGUCAUCUACGGCAAUACUUCGAUCCCAAUAUCCCGUUUGCCAAUGCUUAUAUUCGAUUGGUUUUUGAAGUGUUCGUUGUGAUUGGAAUCAUCAUACAAAUGUUUCUCGAUUUUCGUGACAUCAAAAGAAUUGGAAGAAAGAAAUGGUGGACUGUUCUGUCAGCUUUCCCUGCGAAAAUAACAUUCAAAGUGACAUACUUCCUUGUUAUUGCCAUGGUUCCAAUCCGACUUGCCUGUCAGUUCUCUCCCAUUCUUCUGGUUAUUGAUAACGUUCUGGUAACAGUGACAAUGAUAUUCACGACAGUUCAUUAUCUCUACUACUGUCGAGUCAUUCGAUUCGUUGGACCAUUCGUGUUGAUGGUUUACACUAUCAUUGCCACUGACAUUUUCCGUUUCAUGCUGAUUUAUGGAAUUUUCUUGAUGGGAUUCUCACAAGCGUUUUCUCUUAUUUUCUUGUCGUGUGAACGAGAGGCCAACACCAUCAAAGCAUUGAUUGUGAAUCAGUCCAGCAUCAUAACUGCAUAUGACACAUCUAUUGUCAAAAAUGCGGAGGCGUUCGAAAACGUCAUCCAGUCUCCAAUUGAAGCUUUCGUCCGUACAUUCAUCUUGACCAUCGGGGAAUUCACAGUACUCUACCGUAAUCUUGCAUUGUGCCCAGCUAAUACUAUGGUUUGGAUUGGAAAGUUCAAUAUGCUGAUUGCCAUGAUGACCCGGACAUACGAAACCAUCUUUCAGACACAAUUGGAGUACAAGAGACAGAGAGCCCAAGUAAUCUUGAUGUUAGAAUUGUCGUUGAGCCCAAAAGAACGCCACCAGUAUCUUUUGAAAUACUCUCGACCAACUGGAACGAAUAAGAAAACUAGAAGUUUGGUUGUUAGUAAAAAAUCUUCGUUCAACCGAGAAACGAAACAAGGUCAACGUGUUUUGGAGGAGAAGAUGAAGAAGAUAAUCGAGGAGAAGAAAGCAGUUUUGAAACGAAAGAUGAAAGAUAUGGAGAUCAAAGAAGGAAUUCGUCCAGUGACUGGAUACAGUCGUACUCCUCGUCCACAUACUCAAUACAUGAAUCGAGGAGGGGGAGCACAGAAUGGACAACCUACCAAUGGAAACAUCAAUUCCAAUUUCUGA